UUGUACGAUGAUCGACCUAGCUUUCACGGUUUUUGUGGGAUAUAUUUCUUCUGGUAAUUACCCUCAAACUGCUUCAGCAAAAGCCAUAUAAGGACUUAACUACCCUUCCUACUUUCCCAAUUCCCAUACUCCCAUCCCCAACAAAAGAAAAACAAAGACAAAAAGUUGUGAUCAUGGCAGUGUUGAUUACACUUCUCUCUGUUGUGGCCAUAGCCUGCGGUCUGAAACUGCUCUAUGUGAUAUGGUGGAGACCGAAAACGAUAGAGAAGCAGCUAUGGAAACAGGGCAUCCAUGGACAUCCGUACAAGUUGAUUCACGGGAACACCAAGGAGAUGAUCAAGUUAGCAAAGGAAAAAGGGUCGAAACCUCUCGAGCAGCCGCACGACAUCUUGCCUCGUCUCAAUCCUUUGCUUCAUGAUCUGGUCACGACUUACAAAAAAUCGUUUGUUAUUUGGUAUGGAACAACUCCCCGUGUGGCAAUCAUGGAGCCAAACUUAAUAAAAGAGAUUCUGAACAACAAUUCUGGUGACUUCCCUAAGCCAUAUAUAAAUUCAUUCACUCAGCUGUUCGUGACUGGCCUUGCGAGCUAUAACGGAGAUAAAUGGGCCAAACACAGGAAAAUCGUUAAUCCGGCCUUCCGCAUAGAGAAGUUGAAGCAUAUGUUGCCUGCAUUUGUGGUUUGUACCGAAGAAUUGAUUGAAAAGUGGAGCAAAUUGGUAAACUUCAUGGGAUCUUGUGAAGUGGAUAUGUCUGUCGAAUUUCAAAACUUAACUGGGGAUGUCAUAUCCAGAGCAGCUUUCGGAAGCAAUUUCGAAGAAGGGAGGUUGAUAUUCCUACUCCAAAAGGAGCAGGGGCGCCUCUUUUUACAAUCUCAGAUGAGCAUCAAUUUCCCAUGGCUAAGGUUUCUGCCAACCAAAGUAAACAAAAGGAUGAGGCACAUCCACAAAGAAGUUGGAUCCUUAUUGACAGGUAUAAUAGAAAAAAGAGAGAAGGUCAUAGGAUCAGGAGAUCACAAAGACGAUUUGUUGGGCUUGCUAUUGAAGUCUAAUCUCGAUGAGCUACAAGAGAAGAAGCAUUCGAAUUCCAGGAUGACCACCGAGGAUGUGAUAGAAGAGUGCAAGUUGUUUUACUUUGCUGGUCAGGAAACCACAGCCAAUUUGCUGACGUGGACCAUGAUUGUGUUGAGCAUGCAUACUGAUUGGCAGGAGCGAGCCAGGGAAGAAGUAUUGCAAGUUUUUGGGAGGAAUAAACCAGCAUACGAUGACUUGAAUCGCUUGAAGAUAGUAAACAUGAUCCUACUUGAAGUUCUGAGACUAUACCCCUCAACAUCCCUCAUUCGACGGACAUACAGAGAGACCAAGCUGGGAAAUUUGUGUCUUCCAGCAGGGGUGCAGCUGUUUAUACCAUUGCACCUCGUUCAUAGGGAUACAGAACAAUGGGGAGAAGAUGCAACGGAGUUCAAGCCAGAAAGAUUUUCAGAAGGGAUUUUGAAGCCAACCAAGGAUAGAAUAUCCUACUUCCCUUUUGGCUGGGGCCCAAGAAUAUGCGUUGGUCAAAACUUUGCGAUGCUUGAAUCUAAAUUAGCCUUGGCCCAAAUCUUGCAGAAUUUCUCAUUUGAGCUUUCACCAAGCUAUACCCACGCCCCAUAUGCUGCUGUAACACUUCAACCUCAAUAUGGUGCUCAAAUCAUCUUACACAAAUUAUGAGAAUGAGAGGCAGGCAACCGCAACUGCUUCUCUAAUCUCUAUCUUGUUUCGCGUUGUGCUUGUACAUCCAAAACUGCAGCCUUAUCAUGUGAAGUAGCUUUAAGCGAUAUGGCAGUAUAGUUGAUACCUUUUCUUUCUG